AUGGCACCAACGUAUCUCCCUUUCGAAGAACCAGGUGCUAUAACGUUACUUAUAUAUUCUUCAUUUUUGCUUUUUCUUAAUGGUUUGAAUUACAUUCUUAAUACAUUUGUNUUUUGUGGACUAGUUGGGCAGAUUCUUCUAGGUGUUUGCUAUGGAGUACCUGGUACAAAUUGGCUCAGUAAACAUUCCCAAGAAACUUUUAUGGAAUUGGGGUACAUUGGAUUACUCUUGAUGGUAUACGAAGGAGGAUUGUCUACUUCUUUCAACGAUUUGAAAGCCAAUUUUCAUAUAGCACUCUUGGUUGCUUUCACUGGUGUUAGUCUUCCUAUUGCACUUAGUUUUUCAAUAUUAGGCUAUUCCAAUGCUACACCAGUAGCUGCGUUUGCAGCUGGUGCUGCGCUAAGUUCCACUAGUUUGGGUGCAUCUUUUACUAUCUUAUUAACAUCUGGGUUCAAGCAAAGUAGAGUCGGCAUUAUAUUGACUAGUGCUGCUGUACUAGAUGACAUUUUUGGAUUAGUAAUGAUCAAAAUAAUUUCUAAUUUAGGUAAUGGAUCAUUUAAUGCAAUCAGCGUUAUACGUCCCGUAUUUGUUUCAAUAGCGCUUAUAGUUAUAGUUGGGGUAGUUGUUAAAUUUUUUGUGCUUCCGUUUGCAUUAUGGUUUAGAAAACAAAAAAGAACAUUUCCAAGAAUCUUGAGAAUAUUAUUAAUGACAAAAAAGUAUUAUUUUGUGUUACAUACUAUUGCACUAAUUGGUCUAAUUACUGGAGCAACAUAUGCUGGAGCGUCAAAUUUAACGGCUGCAUAU